UGCAAGGAAGGAGCCUGAGGACAUGUAGUGCAUCAUUUCCCAGAGAGGCGAUGUGUGAGUCCAUUGAGCGCCGUCGUGGGCAGACGUGGCCCCGGGGCCCCUUCAGUGUCAGGUAGCCCGUAGCCGAAGGAAACAACCUCUGAUGGCUCAAAAUGCGCAGCGGCAGCGGUGAUGGAUGAAAAUAAAAAGUUGUGAAACACUAUGAAGGCAACACGUCCAGCAUCUGAGGAUCAGUGGGCACCGAUGUGAGAGCCAUGGAUCAUUUUUUCCGGAGGAAGCGCGUGGGUCUGCUGAAGCCUCUGCUCAGCCUGUCCCUCGUCUUCGCCUCUUUCCUCAUGAUCCACAAGUUGAAAGUGGCAGAGAAGGACGCAGUGGGAUUAAAACAUGUCAGGGACACGCCGUGGUGUAGCCCCGAGUGUUUUACCUACAAGAAAAGGAUCGUAAAAAACAGUUUGGGGAGCUCGGACUUGCCGGUGCUUAGCAACACAGUGGACCCGCAGCGGGUCUCCAAUAAGACCCCGACUUCCUGGGACGCGCAGGUUCUCAACUGCAGCGAGGACGCGUCGGUGCGGACGCAGGACUGGUUCAAGCGUUUGGACCCGAGGUUCCACCAGUUUGUACUGCACAGACACUGCAGGUACUUCCCCAUGCUCAUCGACCACCCGGAGAAGUGCGCGCGUGGAGAGGCGCACAUCCUUAUGGUGGUUAAAUCCGUCAUCGAGCAGCACGAUCGCCGGGAGGCUGUGCGUAAAUCAUGGGGAAAGGAACACACUGUGGAUGGGAAGAAAAUCAAAACGUUAUUUCUUCUGGGGAGCCCAACGACUGGGAAGGACACUAAGAACCUCCAGAAACUGAUCGAGUACGAGGACAGGAUCUACGGGGACAUCCUGCAGUGGGACUUCAUGGACACCUUCUUUAAUUUGACCCUGAAGGAGGUCAACUUCCUCAAAUGGUUCGACAUCUACUGCUCCGAUGUCCAGUUUAUCUUCAAAGGAGAUGACGACGUGUUCGUGAACACGCAGAACUUGGUGAAGCUCAUCGACUUCAAGGUGGAGGAUCGCAAAGAGGCCAAUUUGUUCGUGGGGGACACCAUCUCCAAGGCGAACCCCAUCCGAAACCGGCAGAGUAAAUACUACAUCCCCAGAGAGCUGUACGAUAAGCCAUAUCCACCUUAUGUUGGAGGAGGAGGGUUCCUCAUGUCCUCCAAGCUGGCCAGGAGGCUCUUCGUGGUCUCCGAGGACCUAGAGUUGUACCCCAUUGACGAUGUGUUUUUGGGCAUGUGCCUGCAGAAGCUGGAAUUGGUCCCGGAGAUGCACCCGGGCUUCAGGACAUUCGGCAUCACCAGGCGCAAGGUGAGCUCCAUGAACAGCGAGCCGUGCUUUUACAAAAACCUCAUCGUGGUGCACAAACUGAGCCCGCAGGAGCUGCUCAGGAUGUGGAACGUGGUGCACAGCGAGGGGCUCGUGUGCUCGCGUAAAGUGUCAAUAUAACUGAAAAUGUAUAUGAAGUAAACUAAUUCACCCAAACUGAACUGAAUACACGGGAGAAUUGCGUUGUUUUUAAUGAUCAUGAUGAUCUUAACACGUCUAUACUGAAUCUGCUGAGUUAUGUUCAAGAAGGGGGAGAAAUAUACAAGUUUUCAUCCUUUUUUUAAUUUCGCAUAUUGUUCUGACGCAAUCCAAGAG